UGCCUUAUAGAAUCUGUUUUGAUUACUUAUCAGCCCACAUGGGACAAUUGUCACCAGUUGUUGCAGAUACUCCUCACUACAGAGGAAAAACAGCGCAUUUUUCUUAAAGCUCGUAAAAAUGUCCUAGGAGCUGAUGGAAGGCCAACUCAGUUGCCAAAUGAGAUAGACAAUGCCUUCCCUUUGACCCGACCCAAUUGGGAUUUCAACACUCUAGCUGGUAGGGAGCGACUUCGUCUCUACCAUCAGAUUCUAUUAGCGGGUCUCCGAGGGGCUGGCAGAUGCCCCACUAAUUUGGCUAAGGUAAGAGCAAUAGUACAGGGGCCUGAGGAAACACCUGCAGGAUUUUUAGAAAGGCUAUUGGAGGGGUACAGAAUGUACACCCCUUUUGAUCCCAUGGCAGCAGAUCGACAGGCUGAUAUAAUAAUGUCUUUUAUAAGCCAGUCAGCACCUGACAUUCGUAGCAAGCUGCAGAGGAUGGAGGGACUGCAGGGUUACUCUCUCCAAGAUUUAGUAAAGGAGGCAGAAAGAAUUUUUAACAAGAGAGAGACACCAGAGGAAAAGGAAGAAAGAAGACGCAAAGAACAGGAAGAGAGAGAUAAAAAGCAUAAUUGUGAGUUAAGUAAGAUCUUGGCCACAACAGUACGCAGUGUAGAACAGCCCAAGAAGCUCCAGGACAAGGAUAGGGGAGACAAAAGGUGGCCACGAGUCGACCGAGAUCAGUGUGCCUACUGCAAAGAGAGAGGACAUUGGAUCAAGGACUGCCCAAAACGUCCAGUUGAACCCAAGAAAAAGCCAGUUCCUGUCCUGAGCCUGGAAGACAGUGAUUAGGAUGGCCAGGGCUCAGAGCCCCCCCCCCCCGAGCCCCGGGUAACCCUUCUAGUGGGGGGGCACCCUACCACCUUUUUGGUAGACACUGGAGCCCAACAUUCGGUCCUCACCCAAGCAAACGGACCUUUGAGCUCAAAAACCUCUUGGGUUCAGGGGCCACUGGAGGAAAGAUAUAUCGAUGGACCACAGAAAGUAAAGUUAAUUUAAACACCGGCCAGGUAACCCAUUCUUUUCUCAUGGUACCGGAAUGCCCCUACCCACUGCUGGGCAGGGACCUCCUGUCCAAAGUUGGGGCACAAAUUUACUUCUCAGAAAAUGGGGCCUCAGUCACUGACAAAACCGGCCAGACUCUUCAAAUUCUAACUUUAAAGUUACAGGAUGAACAUAGGCUGUUUGAACUGUCUCCUCCCUUGGAGCUGCCUGUCAAGGACGAAUGGCCCUGAGACUUCCCCCAAGCCUGGGCAGAAACCGCAGGUAUGGGGCUGGCAAGCAACCAGCCUCCCUUGGUAAUAGAGCUAAAACCAUCGGCCACUCCAGUUUCCAUAGGACAGUAUCCCAUGAGCCGUGAGGCCCGAGAAGGAAUUAGGCCCCACAUUCAGAGACUUUUAACAUUGGGCAUCUUAAAGGCCUGCCAUUCCCCCUGGAACACACCUCUUCUCCCAGUGAAGAAGCCAGGCACAGGGGACUACAGACCAGUCCAAGAGUUAAGGGAAGUUAAUCGCUGCACUCUAGACAUUCAUCCUACGGUGCCCAACCCUUAUAAUCUUUUAAGUACCUUGCCUCCGACCCAUAUAUGGUACUCAGUACUUGAUUUAAAAGAUGCUUUUUUCUGUCUGAGACUCAGCCCUCAGAGCCAGCCAUUGUUUGCCUUUGAAUGGAAGGAUCCUGACUCGGGAGUUUUUGGGCAGCUCACCUGGAUGAGACUACCCCAAGGAUUCAAGAAUUCGCCAAUUUUAUUCAAUGAGGCCCUGCACCAGGAUCUGGCCAGCUUUGCACCACCAUCCAGAGGUAAUCCUACUCCAAUAUGUGGAUGACCUCCUGCUGGCCGCGGAGACUGAGCAGGAAUGCCUCACAGGGACUCGAGCCCUGCUCACCAGAUUAGGUGAACUGGGCUACAGGGCAUCUGCUAAAAAGGCACAGAUCUGCAAGAAGCAAGUAGCCUACCUGGGGUAUCUCUUGGAGGGUGGACAGAGAUGGUUAACAGACAGCUGGAAACAGGCCGUGGCACAAAUUCCCCCUCCCAGAGGGGCAGAAGUCUGAGAGUUUCUAGGAACUGCCGGUUUCUGUAGGUUAUGGAUACCGGGUUUUGCUGAACUGGCAGCCCCUCUGUAUCCACUUACCAAAGCCAACGUUCCUUUCUCCUGGGGAGAGGACCAACAGUGGGCUUUUGACAAAAUAAAAAGAGCCCUCCUUUCGGCCCCUGCUUUAAGUCUCCCUGAUGUCACCAAAUCAUUCACCUUGUAUGUAGAUGAGAACAAGAGGGUAGCAAAAGGGGUGCUGACUCAGAGACUGGGACCCUGGAAAAAGCCAGUGGCCUACAUCUCCAAAAAGAUGGACAAUAUGGUGACAGGAUGGCCACCUUGCCUCUGUAUGGUAGCAGCUGUAGCUACCCUAGUUAAAGAUGCAGAUAAAUUGACUCUGGGCCAACCACUGACUAUAAUAGCACCUCAUACUUUGGAGACUGUAAUUUGUCAACCCCCUGAUAGAUGGCUCUCGAAUGCCCACAUAACCCACUACCAGUCGCUAUUGCUCAACCCCGAACGUAUCACCUUUGGGAAUGCAACGUUGCUGAAUCCCGCCACCUUGCUCCCCAAUUCGGAACCCACUGUCUGGAUGCCUCAUGAUUGCCACCAGAUAUUGGCAGAAUACCAUGGAACCAGGGAAGAUUUGACUGAUUGCCAGCUUCCUGAUGCGGAUUAUACCUGGUUCACAGAUGGUAGCAGCUUCUUCAAAGAAGGUGAGCGAAAGGCGGGGGCGGCGGUGGUGGAUGGACAGAACACCAUAUGGGCACGGGCAUUGCCCCCAGGAACCUCUGCUCAAAAGGCAGAAUUAAUAACCCUUACUAAGGCUUUGGAGCUAGCAAAAGGACAAAAAAUAAGCAUAUAUACAGAUAGCCGUUAUGCCUUUGCAACGGCCCACGUCCAUGGGGAAAUUUAUAGAAGAAGAGGACUGUUAACUUCUGCUGGAAAAAAAUAUUAAAAAUAAGACUGAAAUCCUGGCAUUAUUAAGGGCCCUUUUCCUACCCAAGAAGGUGAGCAUUAUUCAUUGCCCAGGACAUCAGAAGGGUGAUGAUCCCAUUGCCAGAGGAAAUCAGAUGGCAGAUGAGAUGGCUAAAAAGGCCGCACUUAACUCAGAAAUAUUACCCCUGGCAGAGGCACUACCCCCCACAGAAGAUUGUCUCCAAUAUUCAACCCAAGACUAUUCAGAAACUUAAUGCAGACUUUGAUGAACAACAAAAGACUUGGAAAUAUCAGGGCAAAACUGUGUUACCCAAGAAAGAGGCCUUUGAGUUGGUCACUCAAAUGCAUCGAUGCACUCAUUUAGGACACAAAAAGAUUAAAUCUCUUAUGGAAAAGACAGAUUUUUAUAUUCCAGGUCUUAACUCCCUCAUACAGCAAGUGACAGCAACCUGUGUUCCCUGCGCCAAGGUAAACGCAAAACGUCAAAGUGCCCCGGAGGGCAUAAGAAUAAGGGGAGACAGACCUGGUACUCAUUGGGAAGUAGACUUUACUGAAAUAAAAUCAGGAAAAUAUGGUAAUAAAUAUCUCCUAGUUUUUAUUGAUACCUUCUCUGGUUGGACAGAAGCUUUUCCCACCAGAUGAGAAACAGCUCAAAUGGUGAUAAAGAAGAUACUAGAAGAUAUUUUUCCUCGGUUUGGCCUGCCCAAGGUAAUCAGGUCCGACAAUGGCCUAGCCUUUGUCUCCCAGGUAAGUUAGGGUGUGGCCAAGACACUGGGGAUUAAUUGGAAAUUACAUUGUGCAUACAAACCCCAGAGUUCAGGACAGGUAAAAAGGAUAAAUAAAACCAUAAAGGAGACUUUAACUAAAUUGUCUUUGGAAUCUGACGCUAGAGACUGGGUACAACUUCUUCCCCUAGCCCUGUUCCAGGUGCGAAACACCCCAACUCGGCUUGGACUUACCCCCUAUGAGAUCCUAUAUGGGGGGCCUCCCCCAUUGGCCUCUUUUGGGGCUCCUCCUGACCCUGCUACUCACAAAUCCGAUUUGCAGGCGCAGUUAAAAGCACUUCAGAUCAUCCAGGCCCAGGUGUGGAGGCCCUUGGCUGCUGCCUACCAGCCUGGCCAUCCGGAGAUCUCGCACCCGUUCCAGGUUGGCGAUUCUUUGUACGUUCGGAGACACCGGUCCCAAAACCUUGAACCUUGCUGGAAGGGAUCCUACACCGUGCUUCUUAUGACAUCUACGGCCCUCAAAGUGGACGGUAUUGCGGCCUGGAUCCACGCAUCUCACGCCAAGCCAGCACCUACACAGGAUGACCCAGGACAUUCCAAAUGGAAGCUCCAGCGUACCCAAAAUCCUCUAAAACUGAGAUUAGUCAAGGAGGACUGAUACUACCAGGCUUGUUGAUCUUUGCACUGAUGUUUCCUUCCACAUAUAGUGCUAAAAACCCCCAUACACCUCAGGACUUAACCUGGACUCUGACUAACUUUGAGACUGGGCAAGUCCUAGAGCUAGCCACUGGAGUUCAUCCCCUGGAUACCUGGUUCUUUCAGCUAACUUUUGACCUGUGUGUUUUAGCAAAAGACUCUUGGAAGGACACUAAAUGCACCCCCGAGAACUCUUACCCUGAAUGCAGAUAUUCUGAAUGGUAUAUUUGUCCAGGGUGAAAACGAACCUGGCGGGGGGGCAGGGGGGUGCUGAAGUAUUUUAUUGUGCUACCUGGGGUUGUAAAACUAGUGUCAGUGUCUCCUGGUUGGGAAAUAACAAAGGGGACUUAGUUUCUUUCACUCGUACCACACUAGGGAAUCUGACAUCACAAUCAUCUUCACUGAGAAAAAAAAAAAAGAGUUAAUUGGUUAACAGGCAAUACUUGGGGUUUACGGCUAUAUAAUCCAGGAAGGGAAGACAUAGGGAUUCUGUUUACCUUGAGAGUUGUUUAACACCCCCCAUGGCUGCAGCACUAGGACCCAGCCCGGUAUUGUCUGAGCAGGGCCAGCAGGCCCUUGCUGAGGUAGCCCCCCCUUGUCGAGGCCCAGGGUCCCACUUCAAGUCAUACAUAUCCCUCCUUAGUCACCCGUGCUUCACUGCCGGUGUUCUCAAAUACGGCCCAGCGACUGUUUAAUCUAAUAACGGGAGCCUUUUCCUUGCUGAACAAUACUGACCCCAACAUAACACAAUCUUGCUGGCUAUGCCUAUCAGCAGGACCCCCAUAUUAUGAAGGGAUUACAACAUCCGGGGGUUUCAACAACACGACUAGCCAGGCUGGCUGUGCUUGGGGCGCCAGUCAUAAACUAACUCUUACAGAGGUGACUGGUGCAGGGACAUGUUUGGGAAAUCCACCAGAUUCUUAGAAACAUUUAUGCAAUGAAACCCUUAAGAGCCCUAAAACUUCUAAAACUAGAUCCCUUACCCCUGGUUCAGACCAAUGGUGGGCUUGUAGCACAGGCCUGACACCUUGCAUGGCAGCUUCAGUCUUUGAUGGCACCAAAGAUUACUGUGUGCUCGUUCAACUGGUGCCAUGGGUCUUCUAUUAUCCCGCUAACACAUUUGAGGAUGAACUUGACAGACACCUGAGCUGUUAUUGGUGAGAGCCCAUCUCCCUGACCCUAGCAGCGACCUUGGGCCUUGGGGUGGCAGCCGGUGUCGGCACUGGUUCUACUGUUCUGGUGCAGAGUUCCAAAAUCCCCAGCAUUCUGCAGAAUUAAGAGCGGCUAUUGAUCAGGACUUAAGGACCCUAGAACAAUCUGUCACAAAGCUUGCAGAGUCGAUAACCUCACUUUCUGAAGUAGUGUUACAAAAUAAGCGUGGGUUAGACUUGCUAUUUCUUCAAGAAGGAGGACUCUGCACUGCCCUGAAGGAAUAAUGUUGUUUCUACGUAGAUCACUCUGGGGUAAUUAAAGAUUCAAUGGCUAAGCUCAGAGACAGGUUAGACAAGAGACAGAAAGACAGAGAGGCACAACAAGGUUGGUUUGAAGGCUGGUUUAAUCGCUCCCCCGGUUCACGACACUCAUCUCCACCAUCACUGGUCCCUUGAUCAUUCUAUUACUUAUCCUGACCUUUGGGCCCUGUAUCCUCAAUCGACUCCUGAUGUUCAUCCGCGAGCAACUUAGCAUUACUCAAGCUUUGGUGUUGACCCAGCAAUAUCAUACCCUUAAGGAUAAUCCAUGAGAAUCUCAGGAUUGAGAUUCGACCAAAUCAAAGGGGGGAAAUGAAAGACCUUGGGGUGCCUUAACACUACUACACCCCCCUCCUUGUGAACCAAGACCCAGGUAACUAACCACGCGUGUAUUGGGGCUUUGCGUACUUUCCAUCCCCAUUGUAAUCUUUCUUCUAUAGACCCAGGCCCUGGAACUGGGGUGAGACGACCCACAGAUGUUCCUAAUCACCACAGCAUUGAUUAAUUAGAGUUAGCCAACUGUUAAAUGAACUAGUCAAAAUGGUUGACAAACGAUUUCUGGACUUUCCCUUUGAUUCUGUGUUCUGUACCACCCUGUACCCUGUACCACCCCCUCCCUAAUUCUGUGAUUUUUCCUUUAAAAGAACCUGUAGUAGACAAAGCCAGGGUCCUUCUCCUCUCGAGGCUGAGGGACCUCUGCCGUGGCAGAAUAAAAAUUCCUCUUGCUAUUA